AUGUUGAAGGCUAUGAUCAAACGUGUGCUUAACCCAGACGAAGAGAGGGCGCUUCUUGCUAAAGCUGUACACUGCCUAGAUCAAAAGCAAGAGGCCAGCAAGUCGCGAGGGAACAUCGCCGAUGAUGACCUGGACUGGCUCAAGCCGAGAGCCCUCAUCAAGCCGGAUGACCAGGAAGAAGUCCCUGAGGCCGAUCUGGAAGAAGAGGUCGGUCGUAUUCUAUCUUCACACAACGCCCAGUGGGUGGCAGACGAGGUGGCAUACCACUACGGCAAAGGGCAGUUCGUGGUGAAGCCGAAGCCUACGUACGGGAAAGCGUACCCGCUGUGGACCUUCCAGGGAACUGCUAUAAGGAAGGACUCGGAUGAAGCGAAAGCACAAAUCGCUGCUGGAUACGGUAUGGUAAGCUUCGAUGACGCUGGUCCGAAGCGAGUGAAGGUGAAGAAGUCAGCAGCUGAAGAUGAAGAAGAGGAAGACGAACCGGAACCGGAGCCACAGCCGCCGGCUGAGGAAGCCAAACCUGAGGAGGUGGUAGAAGAAGCGGCACCAGCUAAGGAGGAGGCGCCGCCUCCGACGGGGGAGCAGGCCGAGGUCGCAGAGGGGGAGGCCAAGGGCGAAGGGGGUGAAGAGGCCGAACCAGAACAGAAGGAAGCGGAAUUAGGGGAUCUUGGUGGUGAAGAAGUCCUGGACAUCAAACCCAGGAUCAAAAAGCUGGCGAACCAGUUCAACUUCUGCGAACGGGCCGCGCUCACCUAUAACAAUCCUAAAAGAUCCGUGGACACACAAACAGUGCCUCCGCCUCGUGCCACGUACGGGGCCACUGCCCUGCAGUGCAUCAUCUUCGACUAUUACCAAGAGGACUACGCGAAGAAGCUCAAGGAAAAGGAAGACGAGAAACCAAAACGGUUGCGCAAGAAGUCGACAAAACACAUAAAGUCGGAACAGCAGAUACACGAUGAACAGUUGGCACAGCGCAUCCGUGAGGCGUGGACCAUCCUGGAGCGACUCGUCAACCAGAACAUCUACGAUGACAUCGCUCAAGACUAUCGUUACUGGGAUGAUCCGUCAGACGAGUUCCGCGAGGGUAUGGGCUCCCUGCUCCCGUUGUGGAAGUUCCAGUUUGACCCCAUGCGAGUGCACGCGGUCUGCGACGCGCAGUGGAACCCUCACUACCAGGACCUAUUCGCUGUCGGUUUCGGCUCUUUGGACUUUACCGCCCAAGCCAAGGAGGGUUGCCUGUGCCUGUUCAGCAUCAAGAAUCCAGCCUACCCCGAGUACGCGGUCUUCACCGACUCUCCAGUCAUCAGCCUAGACGUUUACACUGAGACACCUUAUCUUAUUUGCAUUGGACAAUACGAUGGUAAUGUGUGCGUGUACAAUGCUCAACUGUCAUUCGAAUCCUCGUACCAGUACAAAUCUGACUCCGUGAGGGAUAAACACAGCAAUAUUGUUUGGGAGGUACGCUGGGGCCCGCGUCUUAUCGACGGCGAAGCAUCAUUCUUCUCCAUAUCUGGCGACGGGCGCGUGGUCCAGUGGGCCGUGAUGCCAGGAGAGCUGCAAGCUACCACCAUAAUCACCUUACAGUCGGAUGUGCCGCCCGUACCAGGCCCGGACGGGACUCUCAUCAAUGUUAACAGUUGCGGCAGCUGCUUCUGCUUCCACCCAGAGAAGCCAGACAUCUUCAUGGUAGGCACGGAGGACGGCAUGAUCCACACCUGCUCACUCAAGUACAACAAGAACUACGUACACUCCAUCAAGGGGCACCACAUGCCCGUCUACAGGAUCAGCUACAACAAUUACAACAACAGCAUCUUCGCGUCCUGCUCCGGGGACUGGAGGGUCAAGAUAUGGGAAGACGGCAGGGAUGAGCCUCUAUUCAUGUUUGAGCUGGGAUCCCCUGUCGGGGACGUCAAAUGGGCGCCGUAUUCCAGCACUGUCUUCGCUGCAUGCACGGCUGAUGGAAAGGUGUACGUGUACGACUUGAACGUCAAUAAAUAUCGCCCGAUCUGUGUGCAAGCAGUUGUCUCAAAGAAAACCAAGAAACUCACUCGGAUCGAUUUCAACAAACGGCUGCCCGUCAUCGUUUGUGGAGACACUAAGGGAACAAGUCAUGUUUUGAAAUUAUCACCAAAUCUGCGAGUCAUGUGCAAAGCGCCUAAGAAACAACAAGGAUUGGACCAGCGAACUUUGCAGAUAAUAAAGUUGGAUAAACUGCUAACUCUCGUACGAGACCCGCCCUUCACACCCGGCGUUGUCGACGAGAAAUUCGAGGAUGAUUAAUUUUUUUUCUUUACAAGUUUUUCGAACAAAGAAUAAUGCAUAAU